GGCGGCCGCGCGCCCCCCUCAGCGCCCGGAGCCCGCUCGCCGCCCCGCCUUCUCCGGGGAGCGCCGGGCGGGAGCGGCCCGGACCCCGGGCUCGCGCGGGAGACGACGCGCCGCAAACUUUGCCUUGUAUUGUUCCUAGCCCUUGAAGUGCGAGGGACUGUGUUGGGCAGGAAAAAUGUCCUUCUUCAAUUUCCGUAAGAUCUUCAAGUUGGGCAGCGAGAAGAAGAAGAAGCAGUACGAACACGUGAAGAGGGACCUGAACCCCGAGGACUUUUGGGAGAUUAUAGGAGAACUGGGCGAUGGAGCCUUUGGGAAAGUGUAUAAGGCCCAGAAUAAAGAGACCAAUGUUUUAGCUGCUGCAAAGGUGAUUGACACCAAAUCUGAAGAAGAACUUGAAGAUUAUAUGGUUGAGAUUGACAUAUUAGCAUCUUGUGAUCAUCCAAACAUAGUCAAGCUUCUAGAUGCCUUUUAUUAUGAGAACAAUCUUUGGAUCCUCAUUGAAUUUUGUGCAGGGGGAGCAGUAGAUGCUGUGAUGCUUGAACUUGAAAGACCAUUAACUGAAUCCCAAAUCCAAGUAGUUUGCAAGCAGACUUUAGAGGCAUUGAGUUACUUACAUGACAAUAAAAUUAUCCACCGAGAUCUGAAAGCUGGCAAUAUUCUUUUUACCUUAGAUGGAGACAUUAAAUUGGCGGAUUUUGGAGUAUCAGCUAAAAACACCAGGACAAUUCAAAGGAGGGAUUCCUUUAUUGGCACACCGUAUUGGAUGGCUCCUGAAGUAGUCAUGUGUGAGACAUCAAAGGACAGACCAUAUGACUACAAAGCUGAUGUUUGGUCCCUGGGUAUUACUUUAAUAGAAAUGGCUGAGAUUGAGCCACCUCACCAUGAGUUAAAUCCAAUGCGAGUGCUGCUAAAAAUAGCAAAAUCUGAGCCCCCAACAUUAGCACAGCCAUCAAAAUGGUCUUCAAAUUUUAAGGACUUUCUAAAGAAGUGCUUGGAAAAGAAUGUGGAUGCCCGGUGGACUACAUCGCAGCUGUUACAGCAUCCUUUUGUUACUGUUGAUUCCAACAAACCAGUACGAGAAUUGAUUGCUGAGGCAAAGGCUGAAGUAACAGAAGAGGUUGAAGAUGGCAAAGAGGAAGAUGAAGAUGAUGAAACAGAAAAUGCUCUGCCAAUACCUGCAAAUAAGCGUGCCUCCUCUGAUCUCAGUAUUGCCAGCUCUGAGGAAGAUAAACUUUCACAAAAUGCUUGUGUUUUGGAAUCUGUGUCAGAAAGAACAGAACACAGUACUUCUGGGGAUAAAUUUAGCAAAAACGUUCAUAAUGAAAAACCUACUACUGACGAACCUGACACGAUUGUGGAGGGUAUUGAUGAGCAUGCAGAUGAUACUAACUUAGAAAGUAUGGCUGAACUAAAUGACCAAACAGUAGGAAUCCAUGUGAAUGGGAGAGAGAAGAAAAGACCCAAGCUGGAAAACCUACCUGAUACAGAAGACCAACAAACUCUGGACGUUAAUUCAGUCAGUGAAGGAAAUGAGACUAAUGUAGAAACUUUAGAAACAAACACUAAUUGUCUGAAACCAGAGGAAAACAGGAAUAAAGAAAACCAAGAGAUGCUUGAAGAUAAACUUACACAACCUGAAGAAAUUAAAGAUAGGCAUAUUCAAACGAUGGACUUAGUUUCUCAAGAGACUGGAGAAAAAGAGGCAGAUUUUCAGGCAGUUGACAAUGAAGUUGGGUUUAGAAAGGAAGACACCCAAGAGAAACUUGGAAAGGAUGAUAAAAUUCAAGAAGUUGUAGUCAGUGAUAGAAUCAGUGAGGUAGGAACAAAUGAGGCACUAGAUGUUCCUCAGAAGACAGCUGAAUACAGCAGUAAGGAUGCACAGAGUAGUGAUGGGAAAGAAGCAGUGGAAGUAACCCAGAAAUUAGCAGAGAAGCCCACAGAAGGCCCUGAGGCUGGUGGUCCUGAAGAAGAGCCUCCUAUUCAAGAGGGUUUCGAGAACAAAGAGCUAGAGCAACAGUCUGCGGUGUGUAAAGGCGAGGAACAGUUAGUCAGCACCUCAGCAACCACACGGGCAAUCACAGUGGAACCAGGAACAGAUGAAGUUGAGCAAGUCAAUGAGUCACGUAGCAUCGAGGAGAUAGAGGGACGUGUGGUGACUGGAGCUGAAGAACGGGCUCUAGGAAGUGACUCUGAGGCAGCUUCUACUGAGGUAGAGUUGGAGAGAAAAGAAGUUUCACAGGAAGUGCCAGUUAAAGCAGAGCCUGAAGCUCCUGCAGCAUUGCAGCCCAGCGAGCCUCCUCCUGUCCCAAUACCCAGUAUCAAUAUUAACUCAGAAAACACAGAAAAUAAAGGAGAAAUGGGUGCUUUACCAAAAACUGAAACCAUAUUGCCACAAGAGCCAGAAAAUGACACCGACUCAGGGACUGGGUCCACUGUGGAGAACAGCAGCAGUGAUUUGAAUUUGUCCAUCUCUAGCUUCCUGAGCAAAACUAAAGACAGUGGGUCAAUGUCUCUGCAAGAAACAAGAAGACAGAAGAAAACAUUGAAGAAAACACGCAAAUUUAUUGUCGAUGGUGUAGAAGUCAGUGUAACAACGUCAAAGAUAGUUACAGACAGUGACUCUAAAACGGAGGAAUUGCGGUUUCUCAGGCGUCAGGAACUUCGAGAGCUACGGUUUCUUCAAAAGGAAGAGCAGAGAGCCCAGCAGCAGCUCAAUGGCAAACUGCAGCAGCAGCGAGAGCAGAUCUUUAGGCGCUUUGAGCAGGAAAUGAUGAGUAAGAAGCGACAAUAUGACCAAGAAAUUGAGAAUCUAGAGAAGCAGCAGAAACAGACAAUUGAACGACUAGAACAAGAGCAUACAAACCGCUUGCGAGAUGAAGCCAAACGCAUCAAAGGAGAGCAAGAGAAGGAGCUGUCCAAAUUUCAGAAUAUGCUAAGAAACCGCAAAAAGGAGGUUAUAAAUGAAGUGGAAAAAGCACCCAAAGAGCUGAGAAAAGAGCUCAUGAAACGCAGGAAAGAGGAGCUUGCACAAAGCCAGCAUGCUCAGGAACAAGAAUUUGUUCAGAAGCAACAACAAGAAUUAGAUGGCUCUCUGAAAAAGAUCAUCCAACAACAGAAGGCAGAGUUGGCCAAUAUCGAGAGAGAGUGUCUGAAUAACAAGCAACAGCUCAUGAGAGCUCGAGAAGCUGCGAUUUGGGAGCUUGAGGAGCGACACUUACAGGAAAAGCACCAGCUGCUCAAGCAGCAGCUUAAGGACCAGUACUUCAUGCAGAGACACCAGCUGCUCAAGCGCCACGAGAAGGAAACAGAACAAAUGCAGCGUUAUAAUCAAAGACUUAUUGAAGAACUGAAAAACAGACAGACUCAGGAGCGAGCUAGACUGCCCAAGAUUCAACGAAGUGAAGCCAAGACACGAAUGGCCAUGUUUAAGAAAAGUUUGAGGAUUAACUCAACAGCCACACCAGACCAGGACCGUGAAAAAAUUAAACAGUUUGCUGCACAAGAAGAAAAGAGGCAGAAAAAUGAGAGGAUGGCUCAGCAUCAAAAACAUGAGAGCCAAAUGCGGGAUCUUCAGUUGCAGUGUGAAGCUAACGUCCGGGAACUUCACCAGCUGCAGAAUGAAAAAUGCCACCUGUUGGUUGAACAUGAGACUCAGAAACUGAAGGAAUUAGACGAGGAGCACAGCCAAGAGUUAAAGGAGUGGAGAGAGAAACUGAGACCAAGGAAAAAGACGCUGGAAGAAGAGUUUGCCAGGAAACUGCAAGAGCAGGAAGUGUUCUUUAAAAUGACUGGGGAGUCCGAAUGUCUUAAUCCAUCAGCGCAGAGCCGGAUCUCCAAAUUCUACCCGAUUCCCACCUUGCAUUCCACUGGGUCAUAGCAAUAGUAAACAUUCUCUGUCUGGAUUUAGCUUCUAAGUACAUCAUUGUAUUCUCUUCAUCUUCCACAGUAUGUGUGACUCACAAAGACAAUCACCUGUUUCAUCUUCUCGGUGGUUUUUAAAAUUUCUUUCUUGGAUUUUAUUGUUAAACAAAGAUGAAGGGCAGAUGAACUAAGAUAGAUGCUGGGCCAUGUUGGCAAAGUAGCAUCUUGCAGUAAUUCCCUAAGGUGAUUUUUGUAUAUUGACCUUAAAUAUUGUAUUCUUUAGACACUGUUAUUGAAAAACUGCCAGAGAAAUAAUGUUUAAAGUUAUUUGGAAAAAAAAAUCUGUUACAUCUAAGUAUUAAUAAAUAUUGUUUUACCUGAUUUGUCAAUGAUGUUAAAUUCUAUAGUUAGGAUUCUGCUGUAGAAUUGGAAUAUAUAUAUAUUUUUUUUUUUUUGGUAAACUAGCUCUUACUAAAAAGCCAUGAGUUACAGAAAUAUGCUAUUGAUUCAGUACAUAGAUAUAUUUUUAUCAUUAAACAGGAUCAAAAUCUUUUAAAAGAGAAAAGUUAUUUCAGUAAUUUGUUACAAACAUUAGCCUGUAUGGGCAGACGCUAAUAAUUGAGGUGCUAAUUUUAUUAAGAUAGUGCCUGAAACACUAAAUUUUAAGCAGAUGUAAGAUGUGGUUUUCCUUGUGCUCUACAGGAACAAAGUACCCUUCUCACUGAACAUUACUGUUUUAAAAAUUUGCUCUUAUUACUAUUUGAGAAUUACAUCCCAAAACAAAUAUUGCACAAAGUUUGGAAGAUGAAAGAACUACUUUUAAAAUGUACAUAUUGGUUGAGCUCUCCCACUUUCUCCCUAAAUAAUAACCCUACAUCUCAGAAAGUUUUGUCUACCACUAAUAGCUUAGAGGCCUCUGUGCCCAGAGCUACAGUCGUCACUACUGCUCUGAAAUUAGUCUUAGAAGAACUGUUUGUCUACAAACGAUUUUCAUUCAUAUCAGAUACACACCCAAAGUGACAUUGUAUUGUUUCAAAUAAGGUUUUUCAAGUGAAUUUUGGUUUUGUUUCAUGUUUAAAUUAAUUACUUUGAGUAGGCAAAGCCUGAAAUCUUUAUCACGUGGUUACUGGUACAUGUGAUUGUUAAUGAAAUGUUCAUUCUUUGCUUCUUUUGAAGCUCAGAAUCUCAGCCACAUGUCAGGUGAACAGUAUUAUAAACAGCACAUUUGUGAAUGAUGCUCCCUGCCUGCCAUUGGCAACCUGUUCUCUUCGAAGAGUGCUAGGUACCAUAUUGUAAACAUUUUGGGUUUUAGUUAUAUUUUGAGGUUGGUGAAAAAUAGAAAUCUCAGUUUAAUAUUGUGGGAACAGCAGUUCAUACUAAGAAAAUACAGACGUUUGCAGUGCUGUCCUGCAGUUCAUCUGAGAACUAUGGAUGCCGAACUUACUGGUUUAGAUGUUUAUAAAUGCAUGUGUAAUUUUAAUUCUGUUAUUAUUUUGACUAGCAUAGUUUUCCUGAAAAACCUUGUAGGUAGCCUUAACUUUUAGCCAAUUUUGUUUUUAUAUAAAUAUAUAUAUAUAUACAUAUAUAUAAUGUAUGGUUGUAAAUUCAUACACUUAUCACAUGAAUGUGUAACUGUAUACAGAACUCUUUAAUGCUUUAUUUUCAGAUGCUGGGUUGAAAACUGUUUGAAAGCCUUUAAAUAUAUAUCUUUAUAAAGUAAUAUUCAGGAUGAUGAUGGAAAUUGUUUAUAUUGUUAUGAUAAAAGACGGUAUUAUGUUGUCUGGUGUAUUUAACGAUUUAUUUGAAGAGGGAGAGGGAAGGAAGGCUCUCAUACCACUUUCUCCUUUGAAAUUCUCAGUUCAUUGGAUUUUUACAAAUGACUCAGUCAGUGGACUUUAUUUUCAGUAUCAUUCAGGUAAUUCAGACCUGAUUUGGUCUGAAUAUCACCCUUCCUGUUCCUUGACAUUUAGAGCAUUAUAUCUGGGAGGCAGGCUAUGUAAGGGGUGUCUCCCUGAGCCUGCCCUCCGGAUUCCCUUGCUCCUGCUUGAGUUUUCUUUCAAGCAUGGCUGUAUUCCUGUGGGUGCAGGGACUGUCCGUGGUACAUGCAGAAGGGAACACUCAUCUCAACACUUCAGGUUAUGUGUAGUAAGUGUUUUGUACUAGAACGUGCUGUUUCUAAACAAACUUGCCUGCUCCUUGUAAGGCCUUAUGUAGAUAGUAGUGACCAUUCUUCCUGCAUGAAGGUGGGGAGUGGCUGAGGGCCACAGGCUCCUUUGAAAUCUGAGAGUACAGUGAAUCCAUUCCUGAUUAGGUUGUUCGGUGGCUGUGCUGAAUGUGCCGUGCAGUGCAUAAAGGAGCUUGUCCAUGUGUGUACCCUUAACAGUCACCUCCCCUUUCCCCGCAUGCUGUGGACACACCACACCUCUGCCACACCUACAGGUCCAGCUCCUACAGCUCGAACACAGGGCUUCUCCCCAGGCCUGUCGGCCCACAGGCUGUGGGUCUCAGAAUUAGCUGCUGUUUUAGAUGGAGUCCUAGUAAGCUCUUUCUUGCCCUUCUCUGUGAGUCAGGAGGAAAUUCAGAGUGCUUUUAAUUUGCUGAAAAUAUUGGAAGCUUCCCACAUGAUAGGACAUGGCAAGUUGUAACUAAGUAAGAAGCAGAACCAGAGCUACCUCUAAGCAGUGUUUCCUAAGCACACGCUCUCAGGCAUAUGAGACCUUCCCCAUGGAGGCUCUCUGAUUUCUUGAGCAUCAGCAAGUCUCAGAAGUGACUGUUUUUUGUACUCUUUCAGGUCCCUUGUACCUUCAUGCUUUUCCCCAUUCUACACUGUGCUUAUUAAAUGAUAAAGAAGCCAAAUUUGGCCAAAUUAAUAGCUAGAAAUAUUGCAGAAUAAAAUCCCUGGAACUGCAGUGGAAGAAGAGAGCGUCAGCUCUAGAGCCUUCUGGUCCUUUCUGGAAAAUGCUUCUUGUAGGAUGCGGUGGCAUUUUCCGUGCUUCCCUUAAGUCAAACGCCACAGUCAGUGCUUCUGCUGUUGCUGCUCUUUGGCUGACAUGGUUUUGAUAACGCUUGAAAAUUUCUGCUACAAAGCUUGGAAUAGAGUGUUUUACCAGUUUCAGAUGUUGGCUGCAGCUUAAAAAUGUGAUUCUUUGCAGUGUAAUAAGUUCACAAACUAACUUUUCAAAGAGUUUUGUUUCACAUUAUGCUUCUCGUCUGUUUGGGAUCAGAAACAUGCCUUUUCAGUCACAGGACUGUCAAACAAUAAAGUUAUUUCUUAAUCUGU